AUGAACGCCUCGGCGCACAAAAAACGGCUGUCCAUGAUGCCGGGCACGUCGUCGGCGUCUAGGCCAUCUAUGGCAGGUCUGCCGCAGCGAAACAACCCGCCACCACAACGUGAACCUGCUACCCCAGCAGUAUCUGAGCUCAUGAGGAGCUCACGACGAAGCAUGGCGUUUGGGCGUAAUCCACGACAAUCAUCAUUUGGGCUCGUACCACAAACUCCCAUGGCGCCCAUGCACACGCGUGAUCCACGUCCAGUGCGCGACCGACACUACCAACAGCAAAUCUCACAGCAGAUCUAUGAGUAUCUGGUCACGAACCACUUUGAGCAGGAAACCCGCCACCCACUGAACCAGCGGACGCUCAGCAACCCCACUCAAAAGGAUUUCAAAACUAUGUUCGAGUGGAUCUUCCGACGCAUCGAUCCUGGAUACCCGUUCCACAAGAGCAUCGAAAACGAGGUUCACGCGGUGCUACGGGCAGCCAAAUACCCGUGGCUCGAUAGCAUCACGAAAUCACAAAUUGUUGCCGUGGGAGGCCAAUCAUGGGCCUACUUUUCAGGCAUGCUGCAUUGGAUGGUGGAACUCAACACGACGAUAGAGAAGUAUCACAAUCAUGACUACUCAGGAGAUGAUGGUCCGUCGUUGGUAGACGAAAUCUUCAACAGACACGCACGUGAGUCGUACUUUGCCUAUUUACAAGGCGAUGACAGAUUUGCCCGUCCUGAUGCAGAGCUCUGUCUCGCUGAAGAGAACGCCGAGUUCCAGGAGAUUCUUGCCGAACAGAGAGCUCAAAACCCGCUACCAGAGGGCGAAGACGAUGAAUUGGAUGAGGAACUGUCACGUCUGGAAGCCAAAUGGGGCAAGAUUGAGGAGGCGAAACUACUAGGGAAGAACCUGGCCGACGAUAUCGUCAAGUUGGGUGCAUUUGUGGAUGCUCGAAAAGAACACAAUGCCCGAUACGCUUCUCAGAUGUCCCAGGCGACAGCAGAAGAAGACAAUGUGACGAGCGAGGUGGAGUCUCUCAGCCGUCAAAAGCUGAAACUGCAACAAACAAUCCAAGACCAGGGUCUAUCUCCCGCCGAGCUGGACAAGCUGCAUUUGGAUAUGGAGCGUCAACAGAAGGCGUUGAACUCACUUGAUGAGAUAAUCGAUGAGGGACGUCAGGUUGUGUCAAACAAGGAGUCUACUGCCCUGGCAGUCUUUGAUGCUCUUGAUCGUGUCAUCAAGGAGUAUACAUCGUCUGUUCUGUCCUACAAUGCCUGGGUGGCAUCAGACAAUGACUUGCCCGAGAUCCCAGAAUCAGUCUAUUUGAUUGAUCUGCGUGAACCUCUCUCCGAGGAGAACCUGGGACGCCACCCUUCUGUGAUCCUGGGUGGAGUUGAUCCUCGUAACCAGAUUCGACCUGAAAUUGUGAGAAUCUGCAACAUGGUCACUUCCAAGGUCAAGGCCCUCCAGGAAGAGGCUCUGAGACUGCAAGAGGAGAUUGAGACCAACCAGGAGAAGCUCGUUUCACAGAAACGACACAUUGGUGAGCUGGAAGCCAAAUCUCGACGCCUUCGAGAAACCAGAAACGCCCUCGAAGACUCCGCUUCCAUGAACGAGAACGAAAACUCCCAAAACACGGAGCGACUGGAAAACCAGUUUGUCCAGGCUCAGAGUGAAACUGCUCUUGCUCAAUCACAACUCAAGGGUCUCCAGGUGCGACUCCAGGACGCAGAGCAUGAACGUAACAAGCUCUCUGUGGAAGUCCAGCAGGCCCGAGAACGCCUGUCACAGGAUAUUCUCAAGCAGGCUGAAGUCAUGGUGGCUUUCAAGGCUAUGGUGCAGACCAAACUCCAGGACUUCGAGAUGUUUGUUCGUGCUAACGUGGAGGAGGAGAUUCGAGGAGACCACAACUAA